AUGGUUAAUUCCGAAGAAGGAAUCUCCGGGUCAAUCGCAGACGGGUUCGUGCCGGAAUCCGCGUCUCGAUCUUCCUCAGAGGACCCAUCUGCUGAUCGAUCUCUUUCCGAUCUCAAUCACGCGGCGGAGGAGCUUAGUGACGAGUUUAAGAAUGUGGGUUUCUUUCAAGUUACGAAAGAGCAGAGUGAGGCGGUGAUUAGUGUCUCUGACAGUAAUAAUGGAGGUGUAGAUUCGAUUCAAGAGGAGGAAGAAGACGGAGAUGGUGAUUAUGGUGGGAGUGAGAGUGAGAACAAGUUCGAGAAAAGAUAUCCAGUGAGGCCAGGAGCAGAGGAUUGCUCGUUUUACAUGAGAAAUGGGAGCUGCAAAUUCGGAUCCACUUGCAAAUUCAAUCAUCCUUUUGACACAAAAAUCCAAAUUGUUAGGGAUGUGAAAAUAAGAGAAAAGGAAGAGGAUGUUGAUAAACUGAGACUGCUAGAUUGCAAGUAUUACUUCAGGACUGGAGGGUGCAAAUAUGGAGAAACUUGUAGAUUCAACCACAUGAAACCAAAGACUUUUCAGUCCUCAGUACCAGAGCUUAAUUUCCUCGGACUUCCUAUCAGAGCGGGAGAAAUAGAAUGCCCUUACUACAUGCGCAAUGGUUCCUGCAAAUUUGGAGCUGACUGCAAAUUUAAUCAUCCUGAUCCUACAACUAUUGGAGGAACCGACUCUCCAUCAUUUCAUGGUAAUAAUGGUGGAUCCAUUGGAUCAUUUUCCCCAAAGUCCACAUUCCAAGCAAGUUCGACUUCCUGGUCUUCACCAAGGCAUGCGAAUGGUACAAGUCCUUUUAUUCCAGCCAUGUUGUCACAGGCUCGUAGAGUUUCAUCUCAAACUCCAGAGUGGAAUGGCUAUCAGGUUGCAUCUGUGUAUUCAUCAGAAAGGAGUGUGUUUAAUCUUUCCACCACAUACCUUAUGAACAAUUCAUUAGCUGAAACAAAUAUAUUCUCACCAUACAAACAUCAGAUGCCUGCUGAGGAAUUCCCAGAACGCCCAGACCAACCUGAGUGCAGUUAUUAUCUUAAAACUGGGGACUGCAAGUUCAAAUUCAAUUGCAAAUACCAUCAUCCUAAGAAUCGACUGCCGAAACAGCCUCCUUAUGCUCUCAAUGACAAGGGUUUACCCCUUAGACCUGAUCAAAACAUCUGCACACAUUACAGUCGUUAUGGCAUCUGCAAAUUUGGUCCUGCUUGUAGAUUCGACCAUUCCGUUCAGCCUUCAUAUUCAACAGGAAACUCCCAAGCCGUAGUAGAAUCUCCUCAGGUCGGCACAAAUGGGAAUGAAAGUGACGGUUGGAAUUGA